ACGGCAAAGUGAAAGUGAGCAAAGAGGGACAAUGGCUGACCAACAUGGGUGCUGGGAAAGUGUUUGGGGAGCUGGCUAUCCUCUACAACUGCACCAGAACAGCUACUGUCAGAGCCCUUACCAACUGUCGAUUAUGGGCCAUCGACCGCCAGUGCUUCCAGAGUAUCAUGAUGAGAACCGGCCUGUUACGUCACUCAGAACAUAUGGAUUUCUUACGCAGCGUGCCGACGUUCAAGGGGUUGCCUGAAGAGACGUUGAGCAAAAUCGCCGACGUGUUGGAAGAGGCCCAUUACAACAAUGGUGACUACAUCAUCCGGCAGGGGGCGCGCGGAGACACCUUCUAUAUCAUUGCCAAGGGCAAGGUCA